AUGUCUCAAUACUUAAAACCUCUAUCGGUUGAUUCUAAGAGUACUGUGGUUGAUGCAAAGCAAAAGAAGUUUGAGGCAAAUGUUGAAUAUGCAUUACAGUAUUUUGAUACUGUUGCUGAAUGGGCUGAUUAUAUUGCAAAUUUGGGGAAGUUAUUGAAGGUUUUACAAAGUUGGACACCACAAUUUCAUAACGUGAAAUAUUAUGUUCCGUUACCAUAUCAAGUUAGUAGAAGGUUAACUUCCUCUCUUUUACCAAGCUUACCAGCUGGUGUGCAUAAAAAGACUUUAGAAGUUUACACCUAUAUCUUUAGUAAGAUCGGUAUUGAAGCUCUCUCUGCGGAAUGUAACAUUUGGGUCCCAGGUAUUUUACCUUUAAUGACAUAUGCUUCAAUGUCAGUAAAAUCUCAAUUGAUUGAAUUAUAUGAUACCUACUUAACACAAGUAAACAUAACAGCUUUACAAAUAAUUAUAAAACCAUUAUUAGCAAGUUUACUCACCGGUAUUGACGACGAUAGUAGUGAGUUUCAGCCUUUAGUGUUUAGAUUAAUUGAGACGGUUAGGGGAAGAUUAAAUAACGAUUCAUUAUUUUGGAAAUCAUUCUUUUUAAUAUUAAUAACCAAUAAGGAACACAGAUUAGGAGGCAUUGCACUACUAACCAAAAAAUUACCAUCACUAAAUGCCAUACCACACAAAAAGGCGACUAUUGCAAAGAGUGAUGAAGAGAAGAAUAUUGAUGAAACUGUGUUAACAAAACAAAAACUGAUGGAAAGAGGUUUAUCUACGUUAUUGCCAGGUACUGAGGACCUUGUAAAAGAAGAACCAGGUUUGUUAAUUAGAGCUUUCGUAUCUUGUAUGAAGCAAGAAAAUGAUAUUUUAAUAAAAAGAGGAAUAUUAGAUCUAAUGGUACAAAGGGUACAUUUAGAUUCCCCUGUUAUCCAAAUUAUAAUUUCUAAGGAAAACAAAGAGCUUCUUUUGAUCGAAUGCUGUAAAAUAAUGUUAAGCAGAGAUAUGUCUUUAAAUAGAAGAAUUUGGAAUUGGCUUUUAGGUCCUAAUAAUUAUUUGUCAAGUAAUUCAUCAUCUAAAAUCACAAAUAAUUCAUCUGAAGCUGGAGAUGGCAUGAAAGAACAAGAAACCUCAAACAGUUAUUUUGUAAAGUUUGGUUUAGAUCCUAUUCUAAACUCAUUGAGAGAACUGAUGGUACGAGAAACAACACUCCCUGUUUGUUUUAAUAUUUGCACGUCAAUGUUAGAUAAAUAUGAGCUUUCAUCUCUAAUUAUCCCCAAAUUAUUUUUACCGUUAAUGUUAGCUACGAUGCGAUUUCAAUCCAAUGACCAAAUUAUGGAUUUGUCAAACUCAUUUUUAAAUAGCAUUGAUACCGACAUUAUCUGGACCGAGAGUUAUCAAUACAUAAUCAAUAGUGACAAUUUUGAAUACUUGGAUUUUUUAUUGUCGAAUUUAAAUUUCAAAAAUUAUGAAGAACUUACGAUACGUCAUUUACCAUUAAUAUUUUUAACUUUGUUCGAGAUACAAAAGAAUAAGAAAGAUCGAUUUUUAUAUGAUGGUAAAUUUAUCAAUAUAUUAAUGAGAUUAAUAGAAUUAAUUCCGAGCAAAGCCUUUACACCGAUAGAUAACAUUGAUAUUUUGUCUGAAAGUAAAAAUAAAGCUGAUGAUGUUCUUACGAAAUUAACAGAAUACUAUAAACCUACGUUUUUCUCUAAUGGAGAAAAUAAUAUUAAAGAUCUAACUAAAAGUUGUUUUGACCUGAAUACUUUAACUUUACUCAUUUAUAAUGAUUCAUACCAGUUAUUAUCCACUUGCCUGAAUUCUAAUAUCAACACGAAAAAGUGUUUUGAAUUAUAUAUGGCUAUUUUAGACAAUUUACAAGGCGAUACUAGUAUUGGAAAAAGCGAAGAAUAUAAUUAUCAUACAAUUAAGGUAUGCUCUUUGAUUAACCAAUAUCUCGAUAACUCCAAUAUUGAUGAUGAAACAAUUUAUAUUAUUAAUAAAUUUUUCAUUAAACAUUUAGCUUCUAAAAUAUCUGUCAUUGAAUCUAAUAAAUUAUUAAAAAAAAUUAUGCAAUACUUGUGGAACUGUUUAUUGAUGGCGCCAACAAAAUUAGAUGCAGUAAAGUGCAUUGACGCUUUAGCAGACAACAUCCCCCCAGGUUAUAUCGAAGAGCAAUUAGCAUAUUCAUUUAUUCAAGAAACAGAUAUAGCAAAUAAGAUAUUUGUUUUGGAUUUACUUUGGAACCAUUUAGAUAAAGAUGUUAUAGUAUUGGGGAGAACUGUAGACCUGUUACUAGAUUAUUUAUUUGACAAGCAAAGCACCUUCUAUCUUUAUGCAUCACAAUGGUUACAAGAAAUCAAGAACAAUAAUACAAUCGAUAAAUUGUAUGAUUUUAUCUUGACGAAAUUAUUAAAAUUUGAAUUCUUAAAUAGAAAUUCGUUACAUGAGCUGGAUGAUCUGGAAAUGUUCACUUAUAAAAUCCAAUCUCUGAUAAACAUUUUAGAGACCAAUGAAGGAGAAAUUUUAGAAGAUCUAUUUACAAAACAAACAAAGACGUAUUUAUUUGAUAAAAAUAAAGAAACGAACACAUAUUCUUCACUAAUCAUAAAUAUUUUAAUACAGCUGUUGAAGAUGAGUAAUAACCAUCAUGUUGAAAGUGUAAGAAGUUCGUUGAUUUUAUUGGAUCUUUUGUUAAAUGGUGAAGAAUCUAAUUGCAAAGAAAUAGUUAUAUUUUUGCUUGAAAUGUCAUCGAAUUAUGGCUCAAAAGGUGAUUUUGAGUCAGAAUCCAUUGCAGUGUCUUUGAUUAAUAUUGUAUCGAAGGUAUUACACGAAUCAUAUGCAAACAAUGUAAAAUUAGAUAUUUUUGAAGACAACACAAUUCAUCUUAAAUAUCUAGAUUACCUUGUCACGAGUGUACCAAAAAUGGAAGGGACUCUAAUAAUAUCAGCUUAUGUUAAGUUAUUAUUAGAAAGUUUUGCAUAUUUCGAAAAUUCCAUUUUUCGUAUUAUUGUACCAUUGACCGGUUCCAUUAUUGAAUGUAUUCAAACUCUCUGCUCCAAAACGAAAGAGUCUGAUAAAUUCAUUAUGCCCAUAAUUUUAUUAUUAAAUGGAUUGGAAAAAUUAUUAAUGAAUGCUUAUAAAAAAUUAGAACCAACAACUGAAGAUAGUUUUUUUUCGGCUACAUCUGUGGGUUCUGAUUUCUUACAAUCAAUGGUUUCUAAUGUCUUUAUUUCAGAAGGCUCUUCUUCUUCUAAAAAUUCGCAAGGACAAUAUAAUGUUCUUUUUCAAUCAUUCAAACAAAUUUUACACUGCUGCCUCGAAGUCUGGGAAUCCUUGUCUUCUUUGCCUGGAUUUUCAAAGUCAAGCGGUUCCAAACAAUUGAUAACUUACAAUUCAAAAAGAUUAAAUGAUAAAAUUAUCCAUCUAAUAUAUUCCCUAUUUAACUUGGAGCCAAUUGAAACCAUUGAAUGCAUUUCUACGCUGCAAAAAGAUAGCAUUUAUUCUCUAUUAAGUUCACUUAUGAAUACCUAUGAAAUCGAUUUUGGUCCGUUCAUUCUUUAUGAUAUUACAAUUAUAUGCAAUAAAGGUUCAGAAUUACAUUUUUCGAUAAAUAGUGAUUCAACAACAAUUAACAAAAUUUCCAGAAACGUUAAUAAUCACAAUUCUAAAAUUAGUACAAAAUUUUUAGUUAAAUUUCUUUUGGAAUACAUUUUAGAAGUUUCAGAUUUCAAGAAGGAUAUUUUCUUAAAAGAUCUUUCAAUAUUCUUUAAACAUAUAUCUAAUAAUUAUUUGAAAUUUGAAGACAUAUCGCUUGAAUUAUUGCAGAUGUACUCAAUUGUAGCCCAAGAAGUUGGUAGUGGAAAAAUAGAAAAUAAUGCAGUUUUUAAAAAAGACUUGUCAGAUACGUUUAUUAAAUACUUACCUAAUGCCAUCAAUUUGAGAACGUCUGACACUGAGGAACAACUAAAAAUGAAAUUUAAAACAAUAAAAUUAGUUGUCUCAAAUAUUCACUUAAUAUUAGACGAGAAAAAGGAGAGUGAUAAAUUUCAAAACUGUUUAUCUACUAUUAUAUCAAUAGCCCUUCAACCAAUCUAUAAAAAGCUAGAUUUUGAUUCAUUACCAGACGAAUUUUACGAAUUAUCACUUGCAGUAACUAUAAAUUCUAAUGGAGACAGCUUGUGGAAUACAAUAAUCAACAACACCUAUAACAAUGACAAAAUAUUUAAGUCUUUAGAAUUGAUGCACAAGUUAUCACCAAUCUUCCUAAUUUGGUCAAAUUAUUCUACGAACAAGACCAACUUAAUAGCGACUUUGUUACUGGGAUCUGAUCCAAUGCCUCUUGCUAUCAGACCAUCUGUUAUUUCGUUUAAUUCUUGGAAUUAUUCUGAAUUAGACAUAAAAUUCAUAAGAAUAUUGAAAAUAUCGUACUUGAUUUUGAUAAACAAAAAUGAUAAUUAUUUACUAAGUUUUAAAGAGUUGAUAGAAUAUGUUUGCCAGUCUUUAUUAUCCCACGAAACAAAAUUGAAAACUGCUUCUUGGAUUUUAUUAAGAAGUUUAUUAUUCAAAUAUUCAGAGUCUCAUUUCCAUGAAUAUUGGCCUUUAAUUUCCUAUUGUUUGCAAACCAAUUUACAAGAUUUCUAUGAAAAAUUGAAACUUCAAGUCCCUAUUGAUGCAAAUAAUGUUCUUCAAAUGGCAAAAUCAUUAGAUUUACUAUUGCUAUUUAAUUUUGAAGAUUUCAGUGCUACGAAUGAAUGGUUAUUUAUUAUUGAUAGUAUAAAUUGUAUAUCUAAAGAGGGUCCAUAUAUGUCCUUAUCUGAUAUAAUUGGAGAAUCCAAAGAAUACGAAACAUUAUCAAGCACUAUAUCGCCAAUAAAAUUAUCCGGUCCUGUUAAUUCGUUGCUGCUACUAGGAAUCAAUAAUAUUGAUAGCCAUUUUAGAUUAAAAGAUUUUUUUAAGAAUAUCAGCUACUUCCAUUAUGAGUAUGUUUACAGCCUGGAAAAGGUUGAUAUGAAGCCCAUCGAAAAAGACCUAAUCGAAGACAUUUUCUGGGCCUAA